GUGUCAACUAGACAUCUCAAAUAAACAGAAAUAAAAAUGGAAGAGGAACUUCCUGGCGAAGGAAGUUUUAUUCCGAGAAAAUGGGAAGAACCGCUACAGUUUCUGAUAGACCAAAUAGUAGAUUUGAAAUUAACAUUCGAAGAAGCUUCAAGAAGUUUAAAUACGUUAGGUAAAGAUGAGAGUGCUGUAAGAUAUGCUUAUUUAAUGCUAACAGCAACCGAUCGUAAGUUAACCGACAUAUCCGUAAUAGUGAAUUUCAGUCAUUUGCAAUUUGUGGAUUUGAGUGGUAAUUAUCUAACACUGGAAGCUUUGCAAGUUCUAAGUCAACUGCCUUAUUUGUUGUAUAUAAGAGCGGAAAGAAAUCGCAUAGAAUCGGCUGGUUUGAACCCGAUGCAUUUUUUACAAGUUCUCAUUUUCAAUAAAAAUUCCAUAAGAGAAACGGGCGAAAUAUGUCAACCGAUACUUGAAACUUUAGAACUAGCGGAUAAUUUCAUCUACACGGUUCAAUUCGAUGCCGAACGUUUGGAAAACUUGAAGGAGCUCGUCCUCAGUGGAAACCAUUUAUUAGAUACUUCGGGCACCUAUCCCAAAAAUUUAGAAAAACUAUUUAUGGGUAAAAACAAGAUCAUCAGAAUAAACAGCGAUUUAGUUCAAUUGAAAAAACUCAAAUAUUUGCAUUUAAGAGAUAACAACAUAAGAAAACUCACCGGGUUCAGCGAAACGUUGGAAAAUCUCACGUAUCUCAACUUGAGAAGCAAUAAUAUAAAUAAAGUAAGACAACUAAGGAAACUUAAUUGUCUUCCUAAAUUAGAAACGCUAAUAGUAUUAGAUAACCCAUUUUAUAAAAGGGAUAUGAAAAGGAAAGAGGAAGAAGACGCCGGAGAAGACAAGACCACUGAUUAUACAGAUACAACUACUGAAGUAACGGAUAAAACGGAAUACUAUGGGGAAGGCGGUCCGCCUCCUGCUCCUCCUGUUGACGUCCUUAGAGUUAGAAUUCUUGCUCUGUUGCCAAAUCUCAAAAGGUUGAAUAAAGAUUUUGUCACUUUAGAUGAACAGGAAGUCGUCGAAUCGACGAGGCAAUCUUUGUUAGACGAAAUAUUCGAAGAAGAGAGUAGCGAAGAUGACACCGACGUUGCUACAACUACCAGUUAUACUACAGACUUUACAACAGAAACAGACUUCGGUGAACAGGUAUUAGAACAGGAGGAACAGAUCGAUCUUAAGACUGUUGAAUUUGCGGAUAUGUAAAAUAGGAAAAUGCCAGUCAGUAAUAUAGUUUACUUUAAUAUUA